ACAGGCGAACAGGCUGCAUUUUCCUUCGUCUAAUUUAUUCCUGCUUAUUUUAAUUUAAGCAAGACAGCAAGUGUGCCGUUGAAAAUUCUUUCCUGAGCUUUAGCUUCAAUUAGUGCUUCCAUUCCUACCGUUUAAUUAGCCAUAAUCAACUAUGUUUUGGGGACUGACUUUGGAGAGAGGCAAGAAGUAUGUGCAGAAGGUGCGCUACUCUUUUCACAUUUCCAUGGCUGCGUUGGACUUGCGAGUUCCAUCAAGUCAGGAAGUGACCGUCAUCUUGUUGGUGGGAGAAAGUGAGUUUGUGCUUUGCAACCUGCAGGCGAAGCAUCACGUCCUGCAGCAGCAGCUUGACCUGAACUUCCUGAGAGGCCAGGAAAUUGUGUUUUCUCUGUGUGGAUAUGGCAAGGUCACCCUGUCCGGUUUCUUCGUGCCGAGCGAUUUUGAGGAGAGUGAAGAGGAGGACGAGGAGGAUGAGGAAGCGCCUCAAUUGAUGCCCAUUGCUGACAAGAAGAAGAAGAAAAAGCUGAAAACUCUGCCACUAAUCUUGGACAGCGAUGACAAAGACGAGGAUGAGUCUGAUGACAUGGCAGAAGACAGUGACAGCGUUGAAAGUGAGGAAGAUUCCGAGUUAGAGGAGGAAGAAGACUCUGAUGAGUAUGUCAGGAAGGAGAGCGAUGACGAUGAACUGGACUCGGACGGAGAUGAUAGUGAAGAAUCAGACGUGGAGGUCCCACAGCCUGCAAAGAAGAAAUUGCAAACCCCUCAGAAACAGGUCAAGCUUCCCAAGGCUCAGGAGCAGAAAACUCCAAACAAAGCAAGAAAUGGUGCCGCGACUCCGAAGGUGCAUCACUCUGGCAAGAGAGAGAAACAGGCUCCCAAAGGUAGGGGAAGAAAUGUUUUUAAGUAGAUCUGGCCCUCAAGUAGAAGAAAGUUUCAUUACAUCAAAAUCUCCACACCUGCCAGCUUGACUAUUUAUUUGUUUUAAUUUUUGACUGCAUUUACUAUGAUUAUAUUUCUGUCAAAUAUCAAAUAAAAGGAAGCCAUCAGACAUAAA